ACCACCACUCCCCGUCGUCCAUUGCAAGAUGAGCUCUCUCCGCUUUGCUCGCUCUGCUCUUAGGGCUCGUCCCUCCGCCUUCCGCGUUCCUCUUCAGCGCAGAGGUUACGCUGAGGCUGUGUCGGACAAGAUCAAGCUUUCCCUGACCCUCCCUCACCAGACCAUCUUCAAGUCCACCGGCGUUGUCCAGGUCAACAUCCCCGCCGAAUCCGGAGAGAUGGGUGUUCUCGCCAACCACGUCCCCUCCAUUGAGCAGCUCAAGCCCGGUCUCGUCGAGAUCGUUGAGGAGGGUGGUGCCAGCAAGAAGUUCUUCCUGUCUGGUGGUUUCGCCGUCGUCCAGCCCGACUCCCAGCUGAGCAUCAACGCCGUCGAGGGUUUCCCUCUUGAGGACUUCAGCAUUGACGCCGUCCGUUCCCAGAUCGCCGAGGCCCAGAAGAUUGCCAGCGGCAGCGGCAGUGAGCAGGAUAUCGCCGAGGCUAAGAUUGAGCUGGAGGUGCUGGAGAGCCUGCAGGCCGUCCUCAAAUAG